AUGCUACAGGGCGUGCCGCACAAUAUAUCCACUUCCUUAUUACAACUCUACUGCUGCUCCAUUCGUUCAUCUCGAAAUGCUCGAAUGUUCGGCAAAAGUGAAAAGUUUGUCACUGGAAUAUUAGCAGCGAUUGUAGAUGGAGCGAUGGAUGCUUCAGUAGUAGCACGCCUCAUGGAAAUGCUCUUCUUCAUCAUCAAAUUUAGAAAUCGUGCCAUCAUGUCGUUGCUGGAAUCACAAAACAUUUUCUCAGUGCUGUUGCGUGUCUUCGAUGAGCAUUUUAAGCAACGAUUCGUUGCACCUGCUCAUCUCGAAAUUUGUGCAUUUGCAGUAACAUCAUUGAGCAACCUCGCCAGACUGCGGCGCCAUCGUGAACAUCUGGUAUCGGCUGAUGCGCAAAAAGUAUUUCAGUCAGCGAUGUUAAUCAUCUGCAAAGACGUGGAGUCAGUUGAAAAUUUAUCACCAUUAACUACAUCAUUCGCAGUGGAAUUCCAGGUAAAGGUCGUUUCUGGUUUACUGUCUUUCUGA